AUGGCUCCCAAGACACCAAAAGCUCUCACGUUUGAGCCGGCGAAGCAUCUCAACUUCCAAGCGCCCAACAAGAUAUGGACCAUGGAGGAGAUUGGGUUCGCAGAUAAGGGUGUCUCACCUAUUGCCGUCUCAGAACCCUUCCCUCUCUUCACAAUAGAAGCCAUCGAAGCAAUGAGAGCGGAGGUACUCAGCAAGCCUGUGUGGGAGAACUGCAAGUAUUCCAGCAAUCUUGCGAAGUGCCAGCUGAGAGGGUUUGCUCCCGAAUACGCCCCCUUCGUGUAUGACGUCUGGCGCAGUCCUGAAGUACUCGCGAUUGUGUCAAAAAUUGCCGGUGUCGAGCUUGUACCGGCCCUGGACCUAGAGAUUGCCCACAUGAAUAUCUCCAGCAACAGCGAGGAACAGAUCGAGACCGUCAAGCAGGCCCUUGCUGAGAGGUCUCAUCGUGAAGCUGACGAAGGUGUCUCGGGUUGUCCCUGGGAAGACGACGAAGAUGCCCAGCCCAUCGUCGACUGGCAUACAGACAGUUACCCUUUUGUCUGUGUCACCAUGCUCAGUGACUGCACCAACAUGAUUGGAGGCGAAACAGCCUUACGGACGGGCACGGGGGACAUCAUGAAAGUUCGGGGACCAGGCAUGGGCCAUGCUGUCAUCCUCCAGGGCCGAUAUAUCGAACAUCAAGCGAUGCGAGUCCUUGGCACAACGGAGCGUAUCUCAAUGGUGACCUCAUUCCGUCCCAAGUCUGCCUUCAUAAAAGACGACACUGUUCUCACCACAGUCCGCCCGAUUUCCGACCUGACCGAGCUCUACUCGCAGUAUGCCGAGUAUCGCUUCGAGAUGUUGGAAGAACGCAUCCGAGCACAACUGAAAGAGAUACGAGAGCGCAGGCGCGCCCACCGGUUUGACACCAAGGCCACGAAGGCCUUCAUCAGCGAACAGAAGACCUUCUUGGAAUCCAUGUUGAAGGAGCUGGUUGACGAUGAUAUGGUCAAGGUCGGGAUUAUGGACGAUGAAGAGAACCUCUUUAGCGAGGAAUUGCUCAAAGAGCGACGCAAGAAGGCGAAAUUGUAG